GCGAAUCUGUUGUACGGGAGGGGGGCAUACACAAAGAAGGAAUUUCACAUUUUUAAAAAUAAAUCAGUUGACCACACAUACCUUUUGUAGGAACAUCGAGUAGAUAUUGUUCGCUGUUUAUACUUUGCAGUCAAGCUAUUUUUUUCGGGAGGAAGUGACGGAGGUGACUGCCCGCUCUCCACCUUCCUGAUUGGUCCCGCCGCCACCUGGGUCUUUAGUCGGUUUUGGCGGGGGUUUGGAUGGAAGAUUUUUGCUCCGUGUUUUACAGCUCGUCCGUUCUUGUUUGUAGAGGUUUAUAUUAUAAUACCGUUUGCUCCUUCUGGGAAUAAUGUUUUGUGAAAAAGCUAUCGAGUUAAUCCGAGAACUCCAACGAGCUGCGGACGGUCAGUUGCCCGCUUUUAAUGAAGAUGGUAUCAGGCAAGUUCUUGAAGAGAUGAAAGCUUUGUAUGAACAGAACCAAACUGAUGUGAAUGAGGCUAAAUCUGAUGGCAGGACAGAUUUAAUACCAACAAUCAAGUUUCGUCACUGCUGUUUGCUGAGGAAUAAACGCUGUAUGUUAGCAUACCUAUACGACCGUUUAUUGCGAAUUCGAUCAUUGAGGUGGGAAUAUGGAAGUGUUCUACCGUCGAGAAUUCGGUUCCACUUUGCUGCUGAGGAGCUUGAAUGGUUCAACCAAUACAAGAAGUCACUUGCGACAUACAUGAAGUCAAUUGGAGGUGAAGGAGGAUUGGAUAUAACUCAAGAUAUGAAACCUCCAAAAAGUCUGUUUAUUGAAGUAAGAUGUUUGAAAGAUUAUGGUGAAUAUGAAAUUGAUGAUGGUACUACUGUGCUUCUGAAGAAAAACAGUCAGCAUUUUAUGCCCAGGUGGAAAUGUGAACAGUUGAUUCGUCAGGGGAUCUUGGAGCAUGUGCUGUCCUGAGUUCCAGUUUAAAGAAAAAGACUUUUUACACGCACUACGUUAUUAGCUUGGACUGCUGCUUUGAUAUGUAUUGGCUGUAUCUUGAAGAUUUUUAAUUAAAAUGUGAUUUAGCUGUGAACAUCAGCUUUGCUAACUUUAGAGCUAGUUUUAAAAUUCUUUUGCUGUUAGCUUAAUUCUCCCUUACAAUUAGAAACACAAGCUUCCUGAAUUUUUCCAUGAAAAUUAAUGUUUAUAGUUUAAGGGGCAUUGAGAACUAUAACAGACAUUGUAGGUUUCAGACAAAGAGAUUGGAAUAAGAAACUGGUGAUCAAUGAUCUGUGAUUUUAAGUCUAUGUCACAGACUUGGGUUGUUAAUUGUCAGUUACUACAAUUAUAUACUAAAGCCAGGGAAUAUGGACAUUUUACAAAAGGUACAAAGUAUGAUCGUGUUAUAGGAGUCCACAACUCAGCUAUAUGAACUGAUCUUUAUAACAUGAAGUGAGUUGUGUAAAACCUUGCACUAGCUGUGGUAGUGGCUGUACCUCUGAUCCAGUAGGCCUGUGUUCAAGUUCUCCUUUUGUCCUCUUCCUCCCUUCUCCCCUCCCCCCCUUCUCCAGUUGAUCUGUAAUAAUAGCUCAAUAGGUUGAUUGGAAAGUGUUCAAAGAAUAUAUUUGAUGGUGUUUGUAGCACAGUGAUAGUGUCCCUAUCUCUGGCCGAGAAGACCUGGGUUCAAGUCCUACCUGCUCCAAAGGUGUGAAUAUGUCUGAACAGGUUGAUUUUUAAAAAUGUCUACAGAAUAUAUUUGACACCAAUUGUUGCACAGUGGUGAUGUCCAUACAUUUUAAACCCAGGCCUCCUGGCUCACAGCUCUCCUUUCUCCAGAUGUGCAUCAUAACCUCUCUGAACAGGUUGAUGAGGAAAAUAUGUAAAAAAAAAUUCAAAUCAAUAUAAUUGGAUGAUAUUUUUAGUUUUUAUAAAAAUUUAUCAAAAUAGUAUCAAAGUCAGUUGAAUAAAAAAAAUCAUUUCUGCACAGCAGGAUCAGCAUUUACAGAUUGUCUUAUCUUCAAAUAACAACGUUUACACAUAGUUCUCAUAUCAAAACUCCAUUUUGCACAUCAUACAGCAAUCAAGCUACUUUAGGGAAAAAAGUAAAUGUAAUGGAACAAGAAAAAAACAAUAAAUGUAAAAAUUUUGUAACAUCAUUAUCUCAUUCAUUCAUUCAAGGUGAUGCAUUAUCAAUACAUAAACCCUUGUGGGGUCUGUUGCAAGGUUGCUGUUACCAUCAUAGCUGCAUUACCCUCUCAGGGAGAAUGCAUACCAAUUAUUCAAAUCCCUUUCAAAGGUAGGAGCAAACAGUUUAUUGACUGGAAAAGUUGAUAAUCUGCAUUGUAAACGUAUAAAACAUAUAUCCUACUAAGCACUAAAUCAGGAUUUUACAAAGAUUUGAAGCAUUUCAUAAUGGAGAAAAACUGAGUAGAAUAUCAAAGAAGAGAACUUGAUUUUAGUUAAUUACCCAUGGACAGAUCAGUAUCAAAGUAAUUUUAUUGGGAUGAAGAACAAUAUCUGCUUUGCAAAAGUGCCAGAAAUAAAUGGUCAUGCAAAAGCAAAAUACUGCAGGUACUUGGAAUGAGAAAUAAAAACAGAAAAUGUCAGUAAUUCACAAAUGGCUUGACUACAAGAGAGAAAGUGUAUUAACAUUCUUGGUUGAUGAGCUUAAAAUGGUGAUAGUAGUAGUGCUUGGACAUAGUUAAGAGAAAGAGGCUGGAGCAAUUUUUCUUAACACUCUGUUUAAAGCUGCGAUUUUCUCAUCCAGCAAGACAUUCUUUCUCUCAGCACCUUUCUGCCGCUGCUCUGUGAUCUGCAAUGCUUUCAUCAAUUGGGCAUUCUCCACGUACAGAUCCUUCAAUAUUGAAUCAGACUUGGCAUUCUUUGCAUACUGAAGGCAAAAAAGACACAAUCAAUUUGUUAUAAUCAAAUACUUGCAUUUAUGCAGCACUUAACAUAGUAACAUGCCCAAAGAUGCGUCACUGGAGCACUCAGACGCAACAGACUGAAUCUUAACAGCUUUUUGAGCAAGUGUGAGUCACGUUAUGUUUGGAGGAUUUAUUCUCAGCACAAGGUCGAGUGACUUUUCUCACUUGCCGAACACACUGCACUGAUUGAUAUUUCGUCCUACAUGGAAGGUAUCCCGUCUGAGUUCCUUUUACUUAAAUCUCCAGGAACAGUGUGGUUAAAGAAAAAGGGGGGUUAUUUCCAAACAAGCAGCCAAUGUUGAUCAGCAAGCCAUUAUUAAGGCACGGUAGUUCAGUGGUUAGCAGUGCAGCCUCACAGCACCAGGGACCCAGGUUCAAUUCCAGCCUCAGGGAACUGUGUGGAGUUUGCACAUUGUCCUCGUGUCUGCAUGGGUUUUCUCCAGGUGCUCCGGUUUCCAAAGAUGUGCAGACUAGGUGGAUCAGCCAUGCUAAAUUGUCUGUAGUGUUCGGCGUUAU